CACCUGGCUUUAGCAAAAGAUUACAACACAGAGUCAAUGAGACGCUAUAGCUGGACACCGGACACUCUGGACAACGUGAACCUGGUCUCCAGCCCCGUCCAUUCAGGGUUUUUGGUGAGCUUCAUGGUGGACGCCCGCGGCGGUUCCAUGCGAGGAAGUCGCCACAAUGGCAUGCGCAUCAUCAUCCCGCCCCGCAAGUGCACUGCGCCAACACGUAUCACAUGCCGUUGGUCAAAAGACACAAGCUGGCAUCCCUGCCACCUAUGGUGGAGGGAGAAGGGCUGGCGAGCAGGCUGGUGGAGGUGGGCCCCGCGGGGGCUCAGUUUCUGGGCCCUGUGAUUGUGGAGAUCCUCAUUUUGGGUCCAUGAGAGGGAAAGAACGAGAGCUCAUUAUGCUCAGAAGCGAAAACGGUGAGACCUGGAAGGAGCAUCAUUAUGACUGCAAAACUGAAGACCUCAAUGAGCUCCUCAAUGGCAUGGAUGAAGAGCUGGACAGCUCAGCUGAUCUGGAGAAGAAGCGCAUCUGCCGGAUCAUCACAAAGGACUUCCCACAAUACUUUGCAGUUGUAUCGCGGAUCAAACAAGAGAGUAAUCAGAUGGGUCCAGAGGGAGGCGUCCUAUCCAGCAUGACAGUACCUCUGGUCCAGGCCUCCUUUCCUGAGGGUGCACUCACCAAGAAGAUCAGAGUUGGACUGCAGGCCCAGCCUGUUCCAGAUGAAGUUGUGAAGAAGUUUAUAGGUAAUCGUGCCACCUUCAGCCCAAUAGUGACAGUGGAGCCUCGCAGGAGGAAGUUCCAUAAGCCCAUUACCAUGACCAUACCUGUGCCUCCAGUCUCUGGAGAGGGUGUGGUGAAUGGCUACAAAGGAGACACCACACCAAGCCUUCGCUUGCUGUGCAGUAUAACUGGUGGCACAUCGCCAGCUCAGUGGGAGGACAUCACUGGCACUACACCUCUCACCUUUAUCAAUGACUGUGUGUCCUUCACCACAAAUGUGUCUGCCAGGUUUUGGCUUGCAGACUGCCAUCAGAUCCCAGAGACUGUAGGUUUGGCCACCCAGCUCUACAGGGAGCUCAUCUGUGUGCCCUACAUGGCCAAGUUUGUAGUGUUUGCUAAAAUGAAUGACCCUGUGGAGUCCAACCUGCGGUGCUUUUGUAUGACGGACGAUAAAGUGGACAAAACUCUAGAACAACAGGAGAACUUUGAGGAGGUGGCCAGAAGCAAAGACAUUGAGGUACUGGAAGGGAAGCCCAUCUACGUGGACUGCUACGGCAAUUUGGCCCCUCUGACCAAAGCUGGACAGCAGCUGGUUUUUAACUUCUAUGCUUUCAAAGAAAAUAGACUCCCGUUCUGUGUAAAGGUCAGAGACAGCAGCCAAGAGCCAUGUGGCCGCUUGUCCUUCCUCAGAGAGCCCAAAACUUCCAAGGGUAUCGCUCAGACGGCUAUCUGUAAUUUAAACAUUACACUGCCUGGACUCAAGAAGGAUGUGGAUUCAGAUCCCGAGGAAGAGACUGAAAAGCCAGAACGACGUCAUACCUUUGCAUCUAUAGCCUUACGUAAGCGCUACAGCUAUCUGACUGAGCCUGGAACGAAAACAGUUGAACGAAGUACAACAAGAACACUGCCUGCUGGUUACGCUCACAAACCUGUCUUUUCAACAAGAUCUUACCAGGCAUGGUCGACUGCUCCUAUUACCGUCCCUGGGCAAACAAAAUGUGGACUGGGUUCCCUCUCCAGUUCACCUUCCAACACGCCAUCUGCUUCGCCACUAAAGUCUGUGUGGUCCAUUUCCUCUGCUUCUCCAAUCAAGUCCACCCUAGGAAUGUCAAACACUUCUCCUGCAAAAUCAGUUAACGAUGUAGCAUCACCCAUUAGAACAUACAGAUCUGUGUCAUCUCCCAUAAAGACUGUGGUUCAACAACCCCAAAACCAAGUUCCAAUUUCCUCCAGUCUUCUGUCUUCACCGGGUAAAACUGGUACAGAUCCUGUGUCCAUUAAGGGGCUUGCUGCUUCAUUGUCCUCAAGAGCUAACUUGAUUUCUUCACCUGGAUCCAUGCUAGACAGAACUUUCACCACAGUGACCCAAUCUGAUUCUAUAAAGUCGGCCACAAAUACAUACACGUCUUUAUCCUUUAAAUCCGCCCUGGCCCCCACAAGUAUAGCAAUGUCCUCUCCUAUUCGAAACAUAGCAAGCUUGUCCUCUAUUAAAACCACCACAGAUGCAGCUAGGGGGACAAUUAUGUCAUCGCUUUCUUCAUCAACUAAGCCUACAAUAGCAAGUACUGAAACAGUUCUUUUAAAUGGAUCCAUUUCACCGAUUAAGUACCCCUCAUCAUCCACUGCAUCUUCCCGUCUGUAUUCAGGAGGAGCUUACAGCUUACAAGAAAGGAUACAAGCCACAACACAAGCAGCUACGGCCAGUGUAGGUGCAGCCUUCAGUGAGGCUGAGAAAACAUUUAAUGCUGGCUCUAUGUCAAACUAUAGUGCUUUAAAAUCUGUAUCUUCACCUUUAAGAUCAAACUUAUCAAGUUCUGUUUACGAUUCUCUUAGAUCACCAGCCACCACCACCACGUCAAUAUCCAUUUCCAUGUCUGUUCCAGUAUUCUCUGUAGUCAAUGUGCUCCCUGAACCCCAGGGGAAGAAACUCCCAGACAAAAUAACAGUCACACCUCAGACACAUACUCCAGCACAGUCCUCUACAUCACGAAUGAAACCCUCAAAACCCUCACUUUUCAUUUCCCCAACAGUCCUCAAAGCAGCUGCUGCACCUACAUUGACAUCCAGUCAAGAGAUUCUUAAGGAUGUGGCAGAUAUGAAGGAAGAUCUGAUAAGAAUGACUGCAAUCUUACAAACAGACUCCUCAGCUGCAGCCAAGAGCUUCCACUCGCAUGUUUCUAAAGAGUCCAAGAUGGAGGAUGAAGAGCCUUUCAGUUUGGUUGAGAAGGUUAAAGAGGACCUCGUCAAAGUUAGUGAAAUUCUCACAAAAGAUGUCCUGAGUGAGGCUAAAAGCUCAAGUAAAGAGAGGGCCUCAGAAGAUGAAUGGGAAGAGUUCUCUGAAGAUGAAAUUGAGGAGGCACGGCAGAGUGCCCUGCGAUCCCUGCCAACAUUUGAACCAACCCUUCCUGUUGGGCCGCAGUCAGUGCCAGACAAAGAUCUCAAUUUAGCUAAAGUAGUUGAUUACUUAAUGAAUGAUCUUGGUGCUAGUUCCCUCUCAAAAAUAGCUGAUGUAAAGAGCAGAUAUGAUGAAAUAAAGAAGGAAGGGGAGGAAAAACAGAAGCGCACCAUGAAACCAGAGCACAAGCUCAAAAUGCCUCCAACAGGUAUGCGGACCUCUCCCUCAGAAAAAGACUUAAGUAAAUUAGCCGAUUCCUAUAGUGGCACGGAUGCUAUUCUGGAAUCUCCAGAUGACUUUUCCCAUGAACAAGAUAAGAGUCCCCUUUCAGAUAGUGGUUUUGAAACCAGAAGUGAAAAGACCCCAUCAGCUCCUCAAAGUGCAGAGAGCACAGGGCCCAAACCCCCCUUCACAGAUGUGCCUAUUCCCCCUGUCAUAACAGAAACCAGAACUGAGGUUGUUCACGUUAUCAGGAGCUAUGAACAUCCGGAGGAGGUCUGUGAGCCACUAAUGGACGAGGCAGCAGCUUUGAAGCCUCCGGUUGAGCCUGAGCCAACAGUUAGCACAAUCAAAGAUAAGGUAAAGGCCUUGCAGAUGAAAGUCAACUCUGAGGAGCUGGCAUGCGUCAAAGAAGAAACUCAUAUUACCACUACAACUCGAAUGGUCUACCACAAACCUCAACUGAAAGAUGCUGACAGGAUUGAAGAAACAAUGUCAGUCCGAGACAUAAUGAAAGCUUUUCAGUCUGGAAGAGAUCCUUCCAAAGAAUUAGCAGGUUUAUUUGAGCACAAAGCUGGCCAAGACACCAUUAAAGGAGAUGAAUUGUCCCCAAGGUUCCUUGAAAAAGACAAAAAGCCCAAAGUUGAGAGAAUUAUUGAGGUGCACAUAGAAAAGGGCAACACAACUGACCCAACUGAGGUUAUAAUCAGAGAGACUAAAAAACAUCCAGAGUUUAUAUGCAAGGGUGACCGAGGUCUCAAGGAGCUUGUUGAAAGGGUUGAUGGUGAUUAUGAGGUUCUUCAAGACGAGGAGGAACUUACUGCUGAGGAAUCACUGCCAUUCUUUUUAGACACAUCCAGAGUCAAUACACCUGUCUCCCAAGAGGAAGAGAGUCGCCCCAGUUCAGCUCAGCUCAUAGCCGAUGAGUCAUAUAAAGCUUUAAAGCUUCUAAGCCAGCACUCUAUUGAGUAUCAUGAUGAUGAGUUGUCUGAUUUGAGAGGGGAGUCAUACAGGUUUGCUGAGAAAAUGUUGCUCUCAGAAAAAUUUGACGUAUCACAUUCUGAUACUGAGGACUCAUUGGCAGACCAGUCACAUAGCAUAGCCACUGAGGUACAAGGGGCAGAAGGCAUAUAUGGAGAAAAAGUAGCUGGCCCCAGGAAGGAGUCCAAAUUAAGGUCAGCAAGGGAUGCAUCAGACAAAUCAGGUAAAUAUCCCCCACAAGAUGAGCAAUAUGACAAAGUUACAGUAUUACAUUACACCACAGAACCUGGUAGCCCUAAACAUGCAGUCUGGAUGCGAUUCACCCAAGACAAGCAGGACAGGAAUAGAGAAAAACUCAUUUAUGAAGAUAGAGUAGAUCGGACCAUUAAAGAAGCAGAGGAGAAACUGAGUGAGGUCUCACAGUUUUUUAGAGACAAAACUGAAAAGUUAAACGAUGAGCUCCAGUCCCCUGAGAAAAAGAAACCAACGAGACUUGCACGGGAUACACGGUCAGGGCCAAGCUCAAUGUGCAGCAGCCCUGAGAAAAAACAAAAGAGUGCAGCUGAGGAAUGGGACAAAGGCAGGCAAAAGAUGUUUGGCAGUACAAAUGAAAGAAAAAGUGCAAGUCUGCCAAACAGUCCUGAGAGACAUAUACUGUCAGAGUUCAGUGAGGAUAAGCCAAAACAGCAGAAAGGCCCUCAGCAGGCAAAGACAGGUGACGCAGGCCCCCUAGUCCCAGUUAAGACAUCUAAAGUGAGUUCUGUUCGACAAAAGUUUGAAACAGAACCACAGAAACAGGAUAAGAAUGUGCCUGUGACACAAUCAAAACAACCAGUUAAAAAACUGCCUGAAAGUAAAUUACCAGUAUAUCAGUUUUUCACUGGUUCAAAACCUUCAAAGGUUGAUUCCACAGAUGAAGGACAGUUACCUUCUAGACAGCUAUCAGAAACUGAUAAAAGUAAAGUUGCCCCUCAGAGUAGUAAAGCUCAAGGUCCUCAAGGUAGCAGUAGUACUGCUGUCUCAAAGCAAUCAGGUGAAAAAUGAAAAAUGUACCCCAUCAGAUACUGUUGUAAAAAGAGUCUCACUUUUUGAGAAGAAUAAGGACCAAGAGUUCGAUAAAACUCAAGAGAGCUCUACUAAAGUGCAAUCUCAUGUCUUGAAAGAUGGAUACAUUGCAGAUAGGGAUAGU